CAUUUCCGGAAAAUUUAUUCAAUUAUGAAUUUUGAAAUGAUUUGAAAAAAAAAAAAUUUAAAUUUUAUAAUUCAAUAGCACCUGCAUGAAUCCUGAUAUGAUUGACAGAAGAAAAUACUGUAGUUGGAAAUCUUUCAAGAAUUGUAGUACACAAAGUUCCAUAGAUUUAAUCUCAUUCUGUUCUUGAGCGAAUGAAGUAAUAAAGCAAGCAGAACUGUGGUAAUGGUAGCAGACACCAUGAAAGAAGAGAUUGAAAAGCUCUGGGAAGAAGUAAGAGACCUAAGCCUAGGAACCACCACCGCCGGAGUAGAACGCCUCCACUCACCACCAACCCCACUCCAAUUCCUCCGCCACUUCGUCUCCCCAAACAAACCCUGCCUCAUCUCCAACGCCACCCUCCACUGGCCCGCCACCACCCUCUGGUCCUCCUCCGACGCCCACCUCCUCCGCUCCCUCUCUUCCGCCACCGUCUCCCUCCACCUCACCCCCACCGGCCGCGCCGACUCCCUCUCCCCCCACCCCUCCAUUCCCUCCUCCCUCUGCUUCGCCUCCGCUUCUAUCUCCUCCAUGCCCUUCCCUCUCGCUCUUCAAUCCAUCUAUUCUUCCGAUUUGGAUUCGAAUUUCGUCGCCUAUGCUCAGCAACAGAACGAUUGCUUUCGAUCCGAGUACUCUGCUCUUGCCGAGGAUUGCGAAUCUCACAUUCCUUGGGCUACAGAAGCCCUAGGUUGCUUCCCUGAGGCUGUGAAUCUCUGGAUUGGAAACCACCUCUCUGAGACUUCCUUCCACAAAGAUCAUUACGAGAAUCUCUACGCCGUUGUCACCGGAGAGAAGCAUUUUCUUCUCCUUCCGCCUACUGAUGUUCAUCGCAUGUACAUUCGUAACUACCCUGCAGCUCACUACUCCUACCACAAGGAUACUGGAGAGUUCAAAUUGGAGCUUGAGGAUCCGGUGAGGUAUGUGCCUUGGUGCAGUGUGGAUCCUUACCCUUCACCGGAGAAUAAAGAGAGAGAAAUGUCAAAAUUUCCUCUGUAUUUUGAUGGACCGAAGCCGUUUGAGGUCACGGUUAAGGCUGGGGAAAUUCUUUACUUGCCAAGUAUGUGGUUUCAUCAUGUUAGACAAAGUCCAGACAGCAGAGGACGCACUAUCGCAGUGAACUAUUGGUAUGAUAUGCAGUUCGAUAUAAAAUAUGCUUACUUCAACUUCUUACAAUCAAUUCCUCACCCAUCAUCUCAUGGUCUGACACCGCAUGAAAUGGGAUUUGUUGGAUCAUCCUCAGAUACAUCUAUUUGCUAUUCAGGAGAUGAACCAGAUAUCAAUGCUAUGGAGAGGGUGAAAUGUGACUGAAAACAGAGGUGACAGUGACAAAGAAUGAAUAAUGAUGUGUUAGUGAGGGUGGUUUGAUCUUUGAGGAGCUCUUCAGUGAGAAGAUGCAGAGUUUAGAUCAGAGAAAAAGCAGGAACAUCUUCUAUGUUCGCAUCAUUGAAUUUUCCAACAAGUUUUGGGGAAUUUUGCCUGCUGGUUGAAGAUAUGGUGACAGAGCUAUCUCUUAGUAAAUUUUCUCAGUAGGUUGGGUCUCUUGAAAUAUUUUUUUGUAGAGCUCUUGUUGUCGGUGGGCGAGGCUGCUGCUAAAGUAGGUUCAGUGCAGGAGGCUCCCGCUAAAGAAUGGUUUGAGAAGAGCCAGAUGUAGUGAUGUUCUCUGGUGCACCAAAAGUGAGAUAUGUUUUGAUUGGAAAUUGGUGGUUUUAUUUUCACUUUGUGACUUCUAUUUUUAUUUAUUUAUUUAUUUAUCUUAAAUGAAGAACCAAAUAGAAGAAAAACAGGGAAUAAUAACAAGAUUAAUGAUUUGUUCACCGAAAUUGUUUAGCCUAAAUUUGCCUGAAUGAGUUUCUUUCUAGAAAGAGACUUGCGCACGGGAGUUUCUUUUCGGAAAGAAACUCGUUUGGACGAAUUUUGAUUAAACAAAUUCGGUGAAUGUAGCGGUACUGUAAUAACAAUACACAUAUCAGAUUGUUUGGUCUUAGGGUUCGUUUGGGAUGUAAGUUGGUUUUUUGAUUUUAUGACUAUUUUAGCCUGGGUUAAAAAAUCUCGUUUGGAAUAUGUUUUUUAGUUUUUUUAACUUUUGUGAGAAAAAAAAAAAGAUUAUAAAUUAGAUGUGAAAUUUUAUCUUAAUUGACUAAAAUAAUUUAUUUUAUCCUAUAUGACUAUUUUAACCCAAAUAAUAUCCCAAACGGAACCCUAUUAAUCACAUAACCCUGUAAUAUCAAUUUUCAACAAAAUUUAUGGUCAAUGAUUGGAUCACAAUGGCCAUCACAUUAUAUUCACACUCCUUUUUAUUUUUUUGAUAAGAUCAAAACUUAUUUCUCAGUUGCUUGUUUGCCAUUCUAGAUCCACAUUGGAGAUUAGACACCACGAGUUCACUCUUACAAAAUGGUUAUAUAGGAUAUAUAUAUCCACAAUGAUGUUAUUUUUAAAAUUAGCAAUGUUAUACCAAUCAUAAUUUUUAUUAUUUAAAAAUAAAAUAUUUGUUAUUAUGAUUUACUAUAAUCCAUCUGUACAGUGUAUAUAUAUAUAUAUAUAUUUCCAACAGUAACCUCUCUCUCACUCUCAACUGGAGUUUUUUAAGCUAAUCAAUGAGAUGCUCAACCGAGUUAAAACUAAUGGAACUCGCAUCACCUCAUGGAUACCAAGCUCUGUGCUACGCCAAUCCUUCUUCGAACAACUACUACACAAAAUCCAAUACUUCUUACCAUGGUUACUUCAACGUAGCAAUCAGCAUAGCUAACCAUUCUAAACCCAUCUUCCCAACACAAAUUCACUUGCCUCUCCACAGACCCAAUCACCACCUACCGCCACCGCCACUGCCACUGCCACUGCCACCGCCCAAAAAGUGGAAGAGCACCACCACCACCACCACAACAACGUCGGACGUUUUGCGUUUGAUGGAUGGACUCGGCCUUCCCAUACCCAUAGACAUCUACACAUCUCUCCUCAAAGAAUGCAUCACCACCCGGGACCCCGCCGGAGCUCUUGAUUUGAUUGCCCACAUCAACCGGAGCGGCCUCCGACCUGGGUUGCUGUUCUUUAACCGAAUCCUGUUGAUGUAUGUCUCGUGCGGGCUCGUCGACAAUGCCCGCCAUGUGUUCGACAAAAUGCCCACAAAGGAUUGUAAUUCUUGGGCGGCAAUGAUUGCCGGUUACAUGGACAAUGAUAACUACGAAGAAGUGAUAAAUUUGUUCGUAGAAAUGCGAUGCAGUCUCCAAUACCAUCAAAUCAAUGCUGACAUGCUUGGUUUCCCCGAAUCUUGGAUCAUUGUGUGCAUUUUAAAGGCGUGUGUUCAGACAAUGAAUUUGGGACUUGGGAGACAAAUUCAUGGGUGGUUAUCGAAGAUUGGUUAUUCCAAGGACUUGUUUUUAAGUAGCUCGUUGAUUAACUUGUAUGGGAAAUUCGGAUGUCUUGAAGGGGUGGACUCGGUUUUCGAUCAUAUGGCUUGUCGGAACACUGUGGUUUGGACGGCUAAAAUUGUUAAUAAAUGUAGAGAAGAGCAAUAUGAUGAGGUUCUUAAUGUGUUUAAGGAGAUGGGAAGGGAAGGAGUGAAGAAGAACGGUUUCACGUUUUCUAGUGUUCUGAGAGCGUGUGGGAAGAUGAAGGAUGAUGGGCUUUGUGGCCGGCAGGUGCAUGCCAAUGCAAUCAAACUAGGAUUGGAAUCCAAUGAUUUUGUGCAGUGUGGGUUGGUUGACAUGUAUGCGAAAUGUGGAUUACUAAAGCACGCAAGAGUGGUGUUUGAGAUGGAUGGAGAGGAGAGAAAUGCUGCGUGUUGGAAUGCCAUGCUCAUGGGUUACAUACAGCACGGAUGUUGCAUUGAGGCCAUCAAGAUUGUUUACGCGAUGAAAUCAUCUGGCUUGCAACCUCAGGAAUCAUUGCUCAAUGAAGUCAGGUGUACUUGUGGGAGUGGAUUUCUUGAGAACUAGAAAGAUGGAACUGUGUACAUGAAUCGAUUAACGCCUCCUUACUUGCAUAUAGUUCUCAUCUUUGUAUAUCAAUUCGACAAAGUAUAGAGAGGAUAGAACUUCUUUCCUUGCUAGUACCAAACUUUUGUGUUCCAGGACAGACUUCAAGACAUCAUGAGCACACAAAUACAGUGACAUUUCAUGUUCCCAUUUCGCAGUUUGAUUUCUGGUCUGGAGUUGGGAAACACCGGUGGAUCACUAUUUGUGUGUUUGGCUAAGUAUGGAAAUUAUUCAAUAGUAACACUGGCUUGCGUGAAGCUACAGAUAUGUUCAGGUCGGCUCCAUCCAUUCUGUUAAUGCACUUUCUGCCCAAGAUUAUCGUUAUCCCUUGUGUGACAUAUAUAGCUGCUGGUGUAUAUUUGCACUAGCUGUAUUUGAAAUUACAUUUUUUCACUUUAAAGAACUUAUAAUUCAACUCUUUGUAAUUAAAAUAUUCAUUCUCUAAUAAUAUUUCUCUCUUUUAACAA